AUGGCAUACUCAGUGACCGUUCAGCGUUGCUUUUUAGCUAUAGCUCUUGUCUGCAUUUCUUUCUUCUGUUGCAACUUUGGGAAAGCAAAUGCUCAAACAGGCAUUGGCGGUACAGGUGGCGUUGGUGGUGGUGCAGGCGGCUUUGGUGGUACAGGCGGCGCUGGUGGCGGUGCAGGCGGCUUUGGCGGUACCGGUGGCGUUGGUGGCGGUGCAGGCGGCGUUGGUGGCGGUGCAGGCGGUGUUGGUGGCGGUGCAGGCGGCGUUGGUGGGACAGGUGGUGUUGGUGGUGGUGCAGGCGGCGUUGGUGGUGCAGGCGGCGUUGGUGGUGGUGCAGGCGGCAUUGGUGGUACAGGCGGCGUUGGCGGUACAGGUGGCAUUGGUGGUACAGGCGGCGCUGGUGGUGGUGAUCCAGCUGAAAUUGUUGCCAAAGCCUUGCUAUGUUUCAAUGAUAAACAUAUUUACAGCAACUGCGAAGAGUCCUGCAGAUUGACACAGAGUGGAAACAUCAAUGUGUCUCCUGAACAUGUCGAAGAAUACUGCAAUGGGCCGUGCCUUACAGAGACACACCUGGUGCUUGACUGCAUAGAAGACGUCCUAGCAAACUUCAUAUUCUACAAUAGGGCAACCAUAAAUGAUAUUAAAGACACCAUCAAGGCGGGUUGCGGCUAUGGCCCCGAAAGAGGUGACUUCAAUGUAGCUGAGCAUAUUCAAGCUGAAGAAAACAGUGCAUACAAGACUCCCUACAAGAUUCUGUUUGGUCUCGGAGUGAUGAUCAUAGCUCGUGGCUUAUUGCUUUGAUAGAUGAUAUGUGGAUUGAAAUAGAUAACUAAUGGGAUGAAUGAGUCUUGCUCAUGUUAUGUGUUUUACGACUGCCGCAGAAACUCAAGAAAAUUUUAUGUAUUUAUUGUGAAAGAUUGGUAUAAAUACUAACAGAAUAUGUGAGCUAUAAAUAUACAUAUACGAUGCUGUUAACAUCCUUGGUUCCUAUGUGUGAUCUCUCUUUGCAUUGGUGAGAAAUGGGGCCUGAUUAAUUGUUAUGAGUGAUGAAUUUAAACUAUAAAAAAUAAAUUUUAAAGAAAGAAAACUGGUUAUAGAUUGAUUUCGGAAGCCAAACUAAAAUCAAAUUGCAGAG